AUGAUGGCCUUUAGGGAAUCUAGAGCAGAGUCUCAGCUCCAGAAAGCUGCAGAGUAUUUGACCAACGUCGCCUCCGUGCUCGGCACUCGCCUACGGAGAUCAAGCAUGGCGCACAAUCAAAUGUUUCAGUACUCCCUCGCGCUCGGGCUCAUGGACGGUGUCGCCGACAAGGGUCUGCCUAUCUCCGAGUUCCUCAAGCACGGGGACCACGGCUUGGGCACAUUCCGCUUUAUGAACGGCGAGAUGAUCGUGCUCGAUGGAAAGGCCUACCAGAUGCUCUCGGAUGGAUCUAUCGUUGAUCUUGAUUCAAACGGUGAUGCUAUCCACCCUUUCGCCCAAAUAACACGCUUCAAGCCCGAGGUUGUUACUAAGGCUGUUGUGCCUAGUAAGGAGGAAUUGAAUGGCAUUGUGACUAAGCUUGUCCCUGGAUCUAAGAAUCACCUUCUGGCUAUGCGCCUAGAUGGUGUUUUCAAGUCUGUUACCGUCAGAACGGCAGCAGGACAGACAGAGCCGCACCAGGGUCUACUUGAAAUCGGCAAAAACCAGGUGUCCUUUACUUUUGAAAACGUCCGUGGCACUCUGGUAGGUUUCAGGCAGCCUCACUAUCUGCAGGGUAUUGGUGUUCACGGCGACCACCUGCAUUUCAUUACUGAUGAUAAGAAGCGUGGUGGUCACGUUCUAGCGCUGGAGAGCGACGGCGAAGUCGAAGUGAAGGCGGCCCAGAUGUACACAAUGACGCUGGAGCUGCCCAAAGGCGAUGAGGAUUUUGACAAGGCCGACUUGCUGGGAGCCCACGAAGAUUUGAAAACGGUGGAGGGUUGA